AAAUGUUUUUGAAUAGGAAUCGAUGAGCGAAUUAUGAUGUUCUCUAACAACCAAGGAAACAGUUGAUGCUCAUUGAAUGAAACGACUGGGCAAGGUUUGACUGUUUAUAGAAAGUUCUGUGACGUCCUUCGCGAAGAGUUUUUUGGCUUUGUCAGUUCUAAUUGGCAUGGCUAAUUUCCGGCACUAAUGGAUGUCAGAAAAGUGCCCCAGAGCGAAACCUCGAAGAGUUGUCGAAAAGCCAAAGUCAAAACAAAACAAAAAUAACUCAAACAAAACGCGCGUCCGUUGCCCUGGACAACGGGGCGGGUGCGCAAUCGAUAAAAAAGUAAACAAAAAACUGGGAAACCGUAGCAGAAAGUAGUGAGGAAAUGCAUUGCUUUGGUGCACAGGAAUUUGGGUUUACGACUUGUGGCAGCGCCAAAAUAAAUCCUCUAGAAUUUGUUAUGAUUGCAAAUCUGUGCCAGUUUCAAGUUUGACCCGCAUCCCAAGCUUCUACGAUGACUUGCUGAGCCUCGUCGCAAUAUGACGCCAAAGAAGAAGAGACGCGCCCUGGGUCGCGGCAAAAGUCGCGCCCAAACCGAGGCAGAACACCAACAGUUGCUGGAGGCUUUGGAGCUGGCGGAUAGCUGCUGCGACAUUUGCCACUGCGAUUGCUACAGUUCGCACAGCAGCAGCAGCCAUGCAAGUGGACGCGGUCAGCCAGCGACGCUGACGGAGACGGCGCAACUCCAGCAACUGGAGCAGGAGAUACAAGUGCUAGAGCAACUGCAGCGCAGCGAGAGUGCCCAAAAGAAGCGCAGGUGUCACAGCAGCCAGAGCAGACAGCGCAGCGCUUCCAAAUCGCCCACAGAGGCCAAAGCAGCACACAGCCGACGAGGUUCCGCCGAUUGCCAGGCGCGCAGCUCUUCGGGUCGAAGUAAGCGCUCCAAGAGCGCUGGCAGUCAACGCAGUCAGUCGAGGCAGGAGGAACCGAAGCCCAAGCACCCCAAGCGACAUUCGAGGCGCGCUGCCGGGCAGCGGGAUUGUCAGAUGUUGCAGCUCAUUUUCGACGAUGCUUCCACGUUGGCCAUCAACGGACGAGGCAAGUCCAAGUCGCAGGAGAACAUGGCCUUGGUCCCACUUCCACAAUCGAAUGCGAAGCUCGGACGCAACGGGAAUACAUUGUGCGCCUCCAUGGCCAAUCUGUGCCUCGCGCCCACAGUGCGUGCCGCCUACGCUCAGGUGCCGAGCCAUGAUCAGAAGAUACUGAAUCGCAUGGCGGUGAAGCGCAGUCAACAGGCGGCGGACAAGGAGCACGCGUGGCUGGCGCGUAAGUUCUGGGAAAACGAGCGGUUGGAGCGACAGUUGCUGAAGUGCGAGCAGCUGGAGGAGUACAAGCGAGCGGUGCAUGACAAACAGUUCCAGGAUUAUCUGCUGACCAAGGCGCGCCUGCAGGCGUUGGCCGAACGAGAUCUCGCCGAGCUGCGGCGACUGCGCGGCGCCCUCGAUGCCAAAGACGAGGCAGCCAAGGAGCGGCUGAAGGCCAUGCGACUUGAGCGUGACCUCACUCUCUGCCAGCGUCGCUACGAGGAGUCGCGACGCAACGAAGCAGUCACAUUGCAGCAGGAGGAGCAGCAGCUGGACGCCACACUCAGGAAGCGUGACAUUUGCAUGCGAUUGACGCAGCGAUUGCGACGAGCAGAUGAGCUGCGCAACCAGCUGUUGGAGGGUUAUCUGAAGCGUCUGCAACACGAUAACCAGGUGGAGCAACUGCAGCAUGAGGAGCACUGGCGAGAGCGUCAGCAAUUGGAGCGUCUUAAGCGAGAGCAACUGCAGUGCGACAUCCAAAAGAAACGCCAGCAAUCGCAGCGAUUCGAGGAUUGUCGCCAACGACGCCACGAAGCACGCUUCCGCACUGCCAAGAUCUCGGCCAGCCUUAGAGAACUGGUCCGUCAGUCUGUCACACCUGAAACGGGAUUGGAACCGCAAGCCAACAGCUUCUACGCCCAGCAGCAGUCGCAAUUAGGACGUCUGCUCUUUAAGCAACAACCAACUAAGCAACUGGACAAACUAAACUAAGCAAUAUUUUCAGAGCUGUAAUUGUUCUUGUUAUGUAAAUAAACAGAGCUCUAUUUAAAGUGAAGAAACUAUAUUAGAAAAGUCGCUAUACUAAUAAAAACAGUAAGAAAUAAGAAAAAAACUUAGCAAGAUAUAAAUCUAACCCUAAAUUGUGAAGAUUGUGAUGCCAAAAGUUG